AUGGUGCAUUUUACUGGAUCAAUGAAAUUAACAAUAAAUGAAGCAGAGAACUUGAGGCCCACGGAUUUUGCUCUGAGACAUCAGGUGGUAGGACUAAUAGCCAAAGGUCAACAGCAACUUCUGGACCCCUACAUCUCGAUCGAUGUUGAUGAUACUCUCUUGGGGCGAACGACGACCAAACCAAAGACACUAAAACCAGUAUGGAAUGAAGAUUUUUCAAUGGAGGUUCGCAAUGGGCAGAACAUCUGUUUGACUGUAUUUCACGAUGCUGCCAUACCCCCGGACGAGUUCGUUGCCAACUGCACCAUUGCUUUCGAGGACAUUGUCGAUAAGAAGUCCUCUGAUAUAUGGGUUGACUUGGAACCUACUGGUCGAUUGCAUGUGAUGGUCGAACUCAAUGGAACCACUUCUGACGAAUUACCUAAAGAGAGGAUCUUUAAAGAGAAAGAGGGACCUAUGCACAAGAGAAGAAAUGCCCUGAAGCGUCGAGUCCACCAAGUUAAUGGUCACAAAUUCAUGGCUACGUUUUUCAAACAACCGACAUUUUGCUCCAUUUGUAAGGAGUUUAUCUGGGGCAUCAUGUCUCCGCAGGGCUACCAGUGUCAAGUUUGCACGUGCGUAGUACACAAAAGAUGUCACCAGAGUGCAGUGACCAAAUGCCCUGGACUCAAAGAGACCGUAGCCGACGAGGAUACAAGUCUGGUUUCGGGGCAGCGUUUCAACAUAAACGUACCCCAUCGUUUCCACGAGCACAACUACAAAAGGUUCACGUUCUGCGAUCAUUGUGGCUCCAUGCUCUAUGGGCUGAUCAAUCAAGGACUCAGAUGUCAAGUAUGCAAACUGAACGUUCACAAACGUUGUCUGAAGAACGUGCCGAACAACUGCGGCAUCAACACGAAGUACAUGGCCAAGGUCCUGCAGGAGUUAGGCAUCUGUGGGGACAAAUUAGGAUCCACUACCAAGAGAAAAAAAGUGAUGUGCCAUGACGACGAAGGUCCAGGAUCAUCAUCAUCACCGGGCACUCGUUCAUCCUCAAAUAAGGACAUCGACCUUGAACUUAUGGGUUAUUCCGGGGCCACGUCAUCUUCAUCGUCAUCGAUGAAUUAUGAUUCUUCUGCCUGCAUGGCGCUACAUAAAUUCAAUCUAAUCAAAGUUCUCGGGAAAGGGAGCUUUGGAAAGGUCCUGCUGGCCGAGUUGAAAGGAACAGACGAAGUAUACGCCAUAAAAGUGUUGAAGAAGGAGGCCAUCUUGCAGGAGGACGACGUGGAAUGCACGAUGACCGAGAAAAGGAUCCUCGCCCUGUCAGCCAAGCACCCAUUCCUCACAUCACUACAUUCCUGCUUUCAAACUAAGGACCGAUUAUUUUUCGUGAUGGAGUACGUGAACGGAGGCGACCUGAUGUUCCAGAUCCAGAAGACGAGGAAGUUCGACGAAAACAGGGCUCGAUUCUAUUCGGCCGAAGUGACUCUGGCUCUCAUGUUCCUCCAUCGUCAUGGCAUCAUUUAUAGGGAUCUCAAACUGGACAACAUCCUGUUAGACAUAGACGGGCACUGCAAGAUUGCGGACUUCGGCAUGUGCAAGGAGGGCAUGAGCCCUGGGAAGACCACCCACACAUUUUGCGGAACCCCAGAUUAUAUUGCCCCGGAAAUUCUGCAAGAACUGGAUUACGACACCUCAGUCGAUUGGUGGGCAUUAGGAGUCCUCAUGUACGAGAUGAUGGCCGGUCAACCACCAUUUGAGGCUGAUAAUGAAGAGGAUUUAUUCGAGUCCAUACUUCACGAUGAUGUUCUCUACCCUGUGUGGCUGUCAAAGGAAGCCGUCUCCAUAUUGAAAGGAUUCAUGACGAAAAGUCCGGCAAAGAGGUUGGGGUGUGUGAAGGCCCAUGGAGGCGAGCGGGCCGUCCUCAUACAUUCGUUCUUUCAUGAUAAAGUUGAUUGGGAGGCCCUCGAAGAAAGGAAAAUUACCCCUCCCUUCAAGCCCAAUAUCAAAACACGAACGGACGUGAGCAACUUCGACAAAGAUUUCACCUCGGAGGAGCCAACACUGACGCCCGUCAACCCGGAAAUAGUUGAGGCCAUCAAUCAGGAAGAAUUCGCCGGCUUCUCAUUCGUCAACGAGGACUAUGGCAAGUUUGAAUACUGUCCAAUCAUAAGCAGCGUGGCCGGGUCAAAGAGGUCAGCGGCUGAAUGCAUCAGCCAAUCAAAAUCCGCUCCAGAAGGUGCUAGUAGUAACAUUAGUGGAGACAAUAACAACAACAACAACAAUAAUAAUAAUAACAGUAAUAUUGGUAAUAACAAUAAUAGUAAUAAUAAUAAUCCAAUUGGUGAUGUUGUUGGUGGAGUGGCUGGUCUGGCAGUCCGUGGCGCAGAUAGUGGCGAAAAAAAUUAA